AUGCGACCGCAGAUGGCAGGAAUGUGCCGAGUACUUGUGUUCUUGCUUGCUGGAAAUGCUAUGGCCAGAUAUGGUUUCGAAGGCAGGCUAGCGAAGGCAAAGAAGCAGGGUUUGAGUGGCUAUGCGCUCAUAGAUGCUUUAGACGUAUGGUUCGGGCAACAAUCGCCAGAGUACAACGGCCCCCAUGACCAGCUGGACUUUAUCGGGAACCGGGAUGGCAGAGUCACAGUUGAAGACUGGAAGGCAGCGGGUCUGCCGGUGGACCACUUUCACUACUUUGACAAGAACGCGAACGGCCUCCUGGAUAUUCAUGAGGCCCAUUCCUGGCACCAACAGCGGAAGCCUGCCAAAACCAUGAACUUGUCGGAAGUGAACGACCCUCCCAAAGGCCACUUGCAGCACCUGGGAGCCUGGAAGGCUCCUUUGCCAAGCGACCACUUGGUCUACACGAAGCCCUAUCCCCAUCCGCGGGACUUCUGGCAAAAGCACAUGGAUGGCUACCUGCCGGCAAACCUCAAAGGUGCUCAGCACGGUUGGCCAGCAAUGAACUGGACCAAAGAGGUCUUGAGGGAAAGGUUCGGCUGGGUCGAUGCGAAGCUGGAGCCCAAGGUGGAAGCUCGUGGCAACGACACUGCUUACCAAGACUUGGAUCGUCUCGCACCAUCACAUCGGCUGAACAUCUCAGAAUAUCUUCGCAUGGAGGAAGGAAAGAACAUGUAUGUCGUUUCGAUAAUACCACAGGCCAUGGCAUGGGAAGUAGCACACCCAUCGGUGUUGCUAUGUGGAUCGAGACGGAAGCAGCUAAAGAGAGAGACAAAGCCUCCUUACAAGUUGACGGCGCACGAGUAUCCACAUGAAGCUGGGUUCGAAUGGAUGACACACAUCUUCGAAGCAAACCUUUGGAUUGCAACUGGCUACACACGGUCUCAGUUUCACUAUGACAAAGAGUGGAAUGUCAACUGCUUGCUGUCCGGAAGAAAGCGAUGGUUUUUCCUGGACUCGUUCAAGUACGAUGAGGAUUUGCAAUGGUCGAGGGGAGCCAAGUUUAAAGCAAAGGAUCCACUGAACAAUGCCUGGACUGACUGGGUCUAUUUGGAUCCAGACCGAGUUGACUUGAUAGUUCAGCACAAGCUCCGAAACAUGGACUAUUAUGAACUCAUUCAAGAGCCGGGCGACUGCAUCUUUAUUCCCUAUGCGAUGCUGCAUCAAGUUCAGAAGUUGGAUGAUGGCAUGCAGGUUGCUGCUUCAUGGAUGUUCUUGCCCGAGACGAUCUAUGAGGAGGAUGUUUGUCAACAGGCGCCUCUGAAAGAAGAUCUUCCCCUAGCAGCCAUGGAUACAUUGUUCAUGUACACUGGCAAGGGCCUCAUACCUCAAGGUUACCAGGACCCGCUUAACUUUGUGCGGAAGGUCGAGGAGUACAUGCAGAGGCGGGGCGAGAGUUUCCUGACCCUCAAGACCUUUUCCGCUUCGGUGUCUGACGGCUAUGCCAUCUUGCGGACAGUGCCCAACCGCAAGAAGAAGAUCAAGGAGCUGUACAGCAAGCUGACUUCGUAUGCCGCCGAUCCCAAGAAGGGGCUUUCGAGGCAGGAGUUGAGACAGGUGCCCCUGCGUUUGUGGGCAAAGCCCGCAGCCGAAGGAGAUGAUGAGGGGCCACUGCCGUGCGACCAUGGGCAAGAAUACCAGGAAUGCAGCAACGAGGAGUUCGAGAAGAUGACGCAAUUUGUUCAGAGUCGAUUGAAUGCGGGCAGCACGGUUUCAGAGAGUGAUGCCAAAGAUGGCGCUGAGGGUCCGGGCCCCGUCUAUCGGCGUGGCUACGACGGCUAUGGCUACGGCCAGGGUCAGGAGGGGGAGGCCCCACCAUCGUCAUCAGUGCCACAGAAUUUGGAUGAUGGUCUGCAGGAGGUGGAAGACACUCUCGAGGAGGAUGAGGAAGAGGAGGAAGAGGAAGAGGAUGAUUUUGCGGAGGAUCCAACAUUGGACCUACAAGAUCACAGACAUCGUGAAGAACACAGGCUCUUGCAAGAGCGACUGAAGCAGGCACAGCAGGAAUUGAAGCUACAGCAGCAGCAAGAACCGGACGUGCGCAAGGACAGCACUUCUCACUCAGAGGCUGCGCAAACUGCACAGCCAGCAUCGCCACAGGACUUGGAGUUCAGCUUGGACGAGGAGGAUGACGAGGGAUCCGAGGUUGAAGCCGAAGGAGAUGAUGGUGACGAAGGCGGCUCAGUGGUUGAUGAAGUCGCUCAUGUUGAUCCCUAUGAACUGGCCGAAUCUGACGAUGAAGACAGUUCGCUCCGACAAGCAUUUGAGAUGGCCGCAAGACAAGCAGGUGACUCCGAAGCACAGGCCGACUCCUCUGACGCAUCCCCCGACUCCGAGGCGCCUGACGGGCCGGAGGCUGAUCAAGGUCCUACUCAAAUGCAAGCAGUGGAGGCCAAGCCCAAACCAGUUCCAGACGUUGUGGCCUCCACGGCUCUCCAGUCUUCUUCCGACCGACAGCAAUCGCAGGUGACACGGAAACCGGAUGCUCCGCAAGUGGUGAAGCCUUUCACACCACCGGCCGAUGCCGGCAUGAAGAGUGAGCUUGCGAGGCCCACGCCCGUGGCCGAAGUGCGACCCGGCCCGCCGAGCACUGCGCUCGCGGCGCACACCACGCCGCACACGCCGAGCACUCCAAGCCGGGGCAAUGCAAACAAGAAGCCACGAGUCGUGAAUGAUUCGGCUCUUGUCGCGGGCUGGCACGAGCUCCUGGCACGGACGCGACGCCAUCCGGAUUUUCCUGCUGAGUACACCUCGUGCUUUGGCACAGAGGGUAGAAGUUGGCUUAAGGCAACCCGUGGCAAGGGCCGGUUCGUUCUGGGAAUCGACUGCGAGAUGGUCUACGCCAAGGAUGACAAGGAUGCGCUCGCGCGAGUGUCUGUGGUGAGCUGCUCCGGUGUCAUCUACGAUGCGCACGUUCAGAAACGAGCAGAGGACGUACUGGACUAUCGCACGCGAAUCUCUGGAGUUGAGGCCCACCACCUCCUCGCAGAGAACGGGGCGCUGCCCUUCGAGCAGGUUCAGCGCGAGGUUUUGGACUUGAUCUCUGUGGAGACCAUUCUGGUGGGUCACUCACUCCACAAGGAUCUGCGUGCACUGAAGAUUCAGCAUGCAAAAAUCGUGGAUACCGCCCUCGUUUUUGCAGUCGAAGGUGGCAGUCGCCGAAGACGGCACAAACUCAACAGCUUGGUUACGCUCAUGAGGCCAAAGGUUCCGACGCUGCAGCCUGUACGGCCUGGAGCACAUGAUCCGCGCCAGGAUGCUCAAUGGGCUCUGCAGCUCGCACUGUAUGAGGCUUCGAUUCAUCCUGCCACCACCAAGCCACUGAAGCUUUUGUCGUUUCCAAAGACCAUCUUCUUGAGUGAGAUUCCGAAAGGGACAUCUGCCAAGGAGCUUCAAGCUCUUUUUGCACAUGGUACCUGUGCAGAGGUGAAUUUCCACCUUCAAUCAGAAACAGCAAGUUGGUUGGGAACAACCACGGUCACUUUUCUUUCGCAGGCAGAACGCGACAAAGCGUUUACUGACCUGCCUCGUUUCGUGCGGGUUUACGUUGGCCCUCUCCGAGAUUGGGCUGGUAGGACCGACACUGCAAAGAUGCAGGCCUCCCUGAAGGAGCACUUCCUCAAGUUCGGCCGAGUUCGGAGUUGUCGGGUAAUGUGUCCAAGAGGUUUUCCGUGA